AUGGAGGUGGCUGAAGGGUGUUUUGCAGGUCUGUUUCCGGAGUUCAUGCCAUGCGGCACCCCGGAGCACCUGUCCGCCGCCUUGGCGGCUGUGGAGCGCCUGGCAGCCAUCGUCAGCGGCUACGGACUGCCGCCGCCGCCUGCAGGUGUUGGGGGGGAGGAAGAGGGGUGCUCCGGCGCCCUGGCGCAGCUCCGCCGCCUCACGGACCGCCAAUCCUCGGAACUCGUCGGGGAGCUCGGCUGCCGGAUCGCUGCCGACUGCAUCGACUCCUGCUCAGUACCGAGGCAGAAAGUGAAAGCUGUGCUUCCACAGAGACUUGGACCACUGGCUUGUUCACCAGUAAGUCGCCUCCCGUCUUGUGCAGAACUGCGGGCCCGGGCGGCGGUUUUCCGGGAGCGCCUCUCCAGCCACUGGCGAGACGUGUCGCAGCUGGUCUCACUCGGCGCGACGCACUUCUCACAGCUGUUGGUUCCCCUCGCGUUCGAACACGUGGGUAACCACACCAGUGAUCAGCAACUCCACGGUUGGAUGAAGGACGUGGAACGUGUGAAAGACAUGCUGCACACGAAAGUAACCGGAUUGGUACACGACGCGCAAUGCGUCAGCAAACAGGUAGAGCACUACGAGAUGGAAGAAGACAAGGACAGGCCGGGACGCUUGAUAGUCAGGCGGCCGCUGUUGAGUGAACGCCUACUGCCCUACCAGCCGUGGAACCUUUCCUCUCACGACGACUUCAGUGCGCUGUGCAAGGAGCGGCAGCCAGAGGCACCAGAAAUGUUCAGCCUCGCUGACACACUGUACGCCUACUAUCGUUUCAACUGGUACACUGUAGCUGUGUACGUCGAUAUGCUCUACGAAGAUGAUUUCAAGACUGUAGAUGAGGAGUGGCAGCUGGAGGACAGAAGCAGCGCUACGCUCUCCGUGGACACUGACUGUGUGCAGCUGUUGGCGAGCGCCCUGGACCACCCCACGUGUCCGCUGGAAGACCUGCCACCAGAGACCAUCCAGCAGCGCCUACAGUGCCGCGAGCAGCUGUGGGACGACGUGGUGCACAGGUCGCCCCACAUACCCGUGACCAGCUACCUGGCCUACACGCAGAGGAUAAACGUCAACCUCUGUCUGCUGGCCUGGAUGGCAGUCAACUCGUACAGCAUUUGUCAGGGCGUCCCGUUUAGUAUGAUACAGUCCGUGAGAGAUGCUCGCUGCUACUUCGAUAGUCCUGACGAUCAAUCGUGUCUGGAAUCGAACGCUACAGAUGCCAUCUGCUCUGUUUCCAGAGCUAUUCUGCUGCUGAAAUGUCGCGACUUUUCCUCCACUACGGCUUCCGAUAAUUGCAUCAUUUAUUACCCAUUUACACAGCUACUUAGUUCUAGCAGCAUACUGAAUCCAAAGCUAACAGAAGAAACACCGCACCGCACAAACCGUUUAAAGAACAACUUGAAAUACAAGGAUUUCAAAAUCGAUAGCUUAAAGCCUUUAGAAAUCUCAUUUAUACUGGAGCUACUGUUUAUCCAGGAGCUACUGCACAUGCAAGACUUACUCUGCACUAGAGAUACUGUGCAUACAAGAGCUCCUGCACAUGCUGUGGUUGCUACAUGA